CUGUUGCCUCUGGGAUCAUGCCAAUAUUCAUUGAGGACUCCAAGUCUCCAGCCAUGCUUUGCUGAAGCAUAGUAUGGACAUUAUCAAAAUUGCUGUGAAGACACUCAAUCCCAAUCAAGUCCCAGUUAUUGCAGCUGAUCAACUCCUGUAUUCAUUGCUUAAGCAAAUCCAAUGGUCAUAUAGAGCAACUCAUGAUGACUUUGGUGGCCUCCAUAUUGAGGCAGCAUUUGAAUGCACUAUUGGUAACUGGCUCAGAGACAGUGGGUGGACCAAUGCUUUAACUCAAGCUAAAGUUGCUACCAGUGGGACAGCUGACUCCUUUCUGAAGGCAUCCCACAUAACCCGCACAAGAUGGGCCCAUCAAGUUUCAGCAUGCGCUUUGUAUAAUUUGAUGAAAAGAGCUCAUGCUAUCUAUCUUCAAGUAACAUAACUUGCUGAUGAAGACCCUUUGUCCUUUGAAAACUGGCAGACAAAGAUGA